CUCGCUACCUUCAUGCUGAAAGGGGAUGCAGAGUACUGGUGGAGGAGCACCAGGCUGUUGAUGACGACUAACCAGGUGGCUAUUACCUGGGAUUCAUUCAAAACAGCUUUUCUGAACAAGUACUUUCUAGAGACUGCAAGAGAUGAUAUGGAGAACCGUUUCCUCAGACUGAAACAAGGAAGCAUGACUGUUGGGGAAUAUGCAGCCAAGCUGGAGAGUCUGUCGAAGUACUUUCGCUUCUUCCGAGAACAAGUUGAUGAAGGGUAUCUCUGCAACCGUUUCAUGAUUGGUUUGAGGGAUGAAAUUGAGGAGUCCGUCAGACCUUUGGGAGUCAGAGUCUUUCAACAACUGGUUGAGAAGUCUCGCGAGGUUGAGGUCAUGAAGAAUCGUCGAGGGAACCGACAGGAAAGUGGAGGGCCAAUCAGGUCUGGUCAGAAACAAGCUGGGAAGACUGAAAAGGGUAGGGCUGGUCAGAAGAAGCCUUAUCAGAAUGCAACUGGUAGGACAUCAUCUACCAAAGUCGGAGCAAAAACUCCGAGAGAAGAUGUUACUUGUUUCAAGUGUAAUGAGAAAGGGCACUAUGCCAAUGAAUGUGGGAAAGAGAUUACUUGCUGGAAGUGCCAGAAGACGAGGCACAUCUCGACAAACUGUCCUGAUGCGCCAAAAGCUGAACCUGUGUUGAAUACGGCAAGGGGGAGACGUCCAGUUGCUAAGGGACGUGUCUUUGCUGUUACUGGCAAGCAAGCUGAGGGUGUUGAAGAUCUUAUUCAGGGUUCGCGCACGGAAAGGUUAGAUCGAACGUACUCGAUCUCGCGUGGAAAGCGUAGCCAAGGUGAUUUUGAGGAAUUCCCAGAGGAGCAAUGCUUUGAUUGUGAGGAAGAGCUAGAGAACCAUCCUGGAGAAUCUUCAGUUGACGUUUCAAUUUCUAUGAGUUUAAAGGAGUUUGGUAGAGUGAAAAGGUUAUUGCCAACUUUUACCAUGAUGUUGUGGAGGUGGAAUAUGCAAACUUUAUUCAACCAGCUCCUGCCAAUGAAGAAUUUUUGUGGAUUGCUGACCUCUCUCCUGCAUUAUCCAUGGGGAAUCAACUUCUGUGCUGCUAUAAUUUGGAGGCACAAUGAGGUUGGAGAAAUGCUGGUUUUGUUCUUCAACUGUAUUCCCGGCUCUGGACAUGGAAUCCAGUUUGUCCGUAAUGAUGCGAAGAUUUUUCGGUUCUAUAGAUCCAAAUGCCACAAGAACUUUAAAAUGAAGAGGAAUCCUCGUAAAGUAAAAUGGACCAAGGCAUAUAGGCGAGUGCAUGGAAAGGAGAUGACAAGGAUUCAAACCUUUGAGUUUGAGAGAAAGCGAAAUAGGCCUGAGAGAUAUGACAGGAAUGUUAAGGAGGAUGUCCUCAAGGCCAUUCCUAAGAUUGCUAAGAUCAAAGCCAGCAGGGAGGAGACACACCAUAAGAAAAUGAAGCAAGGAAAAAAUGAAAAACAGCGGAGGGAGGCAGAAAAGGAGUUGAAGCAGGGCAUCAACAUGGUCAAUUGGUCAAAGCUCCUUCUGUUUUUCAACAGGAUCCUUCAUACACUUUACCAAUCAAGGUCAAGGUUUCCCAACAGAAAUCAGUGGAGAAUCAGCCUAUGGAAGAAUGAUUCUAUCAAUGCUGCACUUAUAUUAAUAAGGGAACUGAUCCGCAACAUUAGAGAGAUAGCUUGCGGUAGAGGACUCAAUUCUCUCAGAUGCUUCUCCGUCACUUUCAUCACCAAAAUCGCAGUCCACUCUGCCCCGUUGAGAUGUCUCCUUCGCCGUAGCCAGGUUAGAUCUCUGUUGACAUCUCUCCCUUUGUUGGAUUGUCCCACUUUCAGAGUUUCAGGCUGUGAUAAAAUUUCGCCCUUCAUGUUGCCUGCGCUUGCCAUGUUCCGUUCGCAAUUCAUGGUCGCUUGAGUUGCUAUCCCUGUUCCAUCAAUCUGCAGUGUGAAUUUCCAACCGCUCUAUUUUAUUCUCUCACCGUAUGCGAUUUCUCUUGAUUCAGAUACAGACAUACAGUUGUUUACCAUGACUUCUCGACCAUUCAUGUGCUGCUGCUAGGUUUGUGUUUCAUUUCUUCCUGGCUUUAGUUCUCAAGUUCCUUAAUUUCCUUCAAGCCUUUCUUGGGGUUUCAAUUCUGCUCUGUCUGUAUGGUUGCUGAAUCAAUGGGACCAUCGUACCUGCCAUCAAUGUCAAUUCUCUCAACCUCCUUGCUCCUUGACAGAUGGUAGAAAACUUGAUCCUAUUGCCACACCCUUCUUCACUGAUUCAAUGAUGAACAUGAUGAUGUCGUAGUUGCAUUCUACCUUCCGAAAUCUCCAACCAAAAUUUAACAUCGUGGAAGAAGAUUGGAUGCAUGGAGGUCCUAUGUUAAUAAUUUAUCAUCAGAUUCAGCUCCUCGCUAUCCAUUGUGCCAACAAGUGUCCUAAUACAUAUUUUCCUAUACAGGUUCAUAUACCACUGGAAAUGGAUUUUGUACACUAUUUUUGUAGAGCUUUGAGAUUUUGUAUAGAUCAGAGAAUAAAGGAUCCAAACUGAAGCUGCAAAUAGUGAUUAGAAAGGAAAACAAGAAUCUACCCAAGUUCGUUUAAUUGAUUUGAGGCUAAAUUGUGGAUUUAACUCAUUGAGAAUGAGGACUCAGAUUUGUGAUUAUUUGAAUAGUUUUUCCUGAUAGGCUUGAAUGGUAGGACUGGAUCUUAUCAUCAUAUCUGGGCGCGUGCUAUGACUUCUUUCAUCAGAUUUGCAUUGCAUUGAUGUUCAUGUGGGAAAGCUAUUGAAGGGCUUUAUUGGGAGAGGUAAGACAUUGAGUUGAAGAAGUGAAAGAGGGGAGAGGGAUGUGCCUUGGUGAAAAGCAAGAGCUUGGAGCUGCUAAGAAGAAAAUAGUAGAGAAUCGUGAGAUGAUCUACAAUAGGACUAAGCAGUGCAUGAAGGAGUGCAAUGAGAAGGAAAGGGAAAUGAUUCAAUUGAAAGGUUGAUUUUAUGUUGAUCCUAAUGAUAAGUUGUCUCUUAUUUAUUAUUGGAGGAUUUUGCAGCUAUUGCGUUUGAGACAGAUUUUUAAUGUUUUUUUAUUGAAGUUAACAAACCAACAAUGAAAAUGCUGCAUAAUGCAUAGUUGAGCCCAAAUAUGAAGAGUUUAGGUAUGGAAAGUUGAACCAACAGAGAAGAUAUGGAAAGUUGAACAAGCAAAUAA